AAGCAAAAACACAAACACAAACACAAAACAAAAACAAUCAACCAAAAAACAUUCUUCAACAUGAAAUCUUCUGGAAUUGUCUCUCUUAUGCUAUCAUCAUGGCUUUCCAUGCCUGUUGUGCUGGCCUACAACCGCCAGCAAGUGCAAAAUGAUCUCAACAGAGAAAGGACAAAGUGGGAGAGCAUGGGAAUCACUGAUUAUGAUUACAAGCAUCAAGUGAUCAGUGAUACCUCGAGUGCUGUCUAUCCAUUUUCAACUCAAGUUCGUAAUGGGGGUGUCAUCUCAUAUAUGGAUGGCAACAACCAACCAAUUACUUGGCUCAAGCCAGUCACAAUGGGGAGCUGGUUCGGUUUCAUACAGACACACCUGGAUAGUGGAGCACAAAGCAUUCAUGUUAUAUAUGACCCAACAAGGGGAUUUCCAGUCUCCGUUGACAUGAUCCAGACUGGUGGGCAGGUGAUGAAGGUGCGCAUCUUUGACUUUGCCUACUACCACAACAACUACAAUCCUGCAGUGGUCCAAGCAAACCUUGACAGGGAAAGAGCCAAAUGGCAGAGCCAGGCUAUUUCUAACUAUGACUACAUGCAUGAGACACUGAGUGACAACACUGGCUCAGUCUAUCCCUUUACAACUCAAGUGAGAGGCGGAUCUGUUGUUUCCUACGUUGAUGGAAACAACCAACAGAUCACAUGGCUCAAACCACAAACGCUGGACGCCUACUUCACCCAAAUUCAAAACUACUUGAACAUGGGUGCAUCUUACAUUGAAGCUGAGUAUGACUCGAAGAGAGGUUUUCCUACCCGUGUCUAUAUUAUCAUGAAUGGUGCAGAAGUUUUCCACGCAAGAGUCAUCCACUUUCACUAUUAUGUCCGAAGACUCCGUGGCAGUGAUUCUCAGUAAUUCUGAAACCGAAAGCAAGUUCUUGUGGCUGUUGGAGGCAUCCAUUGUCUGUGACGCCAUCUCUUGAGUUAAACUAGAAGCUUGAUUUUAAAAGCAUGUGAAUGGAGUUAGGGCGUUCCAUUUAGACGCAAAGGCACCCAAUCGUUGCAACCGCUCGGCUGAGUUCCACGGAGGAAGAUCCGGAAACGACCGCAUGCUUCAGGGAGGCAUACGAACCGUCCAAAAGGGAAUCCGAGCUGAUACUUGCUUCUAGCUAUAUUAUUUGGUUUGGUUACGACCGUCGCAGCAGUGACCUUGUCGGUCUACUUCAAGCGAGAGCAAAAACGCUGAAGGUUGUUGCUCAUCUAUUAUUGAAUCUCCCUACUCUAAACCCCCCUUGUGGACCAAAGACACUGCAUGAGCAGAUUGAAUCAUUUGGAUCGAAUGAAUCGAAUGUCCCAUCCAUCAUUGCUGGAAGAUGCGC